GCUCCCCCCAUCCCCAUCCCCAGACUUUCUUUCUCUCAACCUUGACCGUUAGUCAGACCAAUUAGCGUGUCAACCCUUCUGUCACACAUUACUCGGCAAUUAUGGCGACAGCUCGUGAGCACAACGACGUCGAGCGCGGCGCGAGUUUCGAGAAGAGCGUAAACGGCACCAGUGCGGUCGAUCACGCUGGAGCAAUGCCCAAGCAGAGGAUGCCAUAUGACUAUGGUGGCAACCCUCUCGCCCACGUUGCUACCAACGACCCAGACCUUCGCCUUGCCGCCUUUGGUGGUGAAUUCCAGCCUGGCCUCUACCGCCCACCGAACCGCAAGUUUGCCAACCCAGCUCCCCUGGGUCUCUCGGCUUUUGCCCUCACCACCUUUGUUCUGUCCUUGAUUAACGUCAAGACGCGCAGCAUUGGUCACCCAAACAUUGUCGUAGCGCUUGCGUACGGCUACGGUGGUCUUGUUCAACUUCUGGCUGGCAUGUGGGAAAUGGCCGUUGGCAACACAUUCGGUGCUACAGCACUCUCAUCCUACGGAGGUUUCUGGAUCGCCUUUGGCCUCGUUCUCACGCCCGGUGUCUUUGAAAUCGAGGAAAUUCUCAUCAAGAGCGGAGAUUUCUACAACUCAUUUGGUCUCUUCCUGAUGGGCUGGUUCAUAUUUACCUUCCUUCUUUUCCUCUGCACCCUGCGAUCCACCGUCGCUUUCUGCUUCCUCUUCUUCACCCUCGACAUGGCGUUUAUGCUCCUCGGCAUUGGAUACCUCCAGGCCGACGCCAACGGCCCGCAAGAGUCGUGCAUUGUUGCUGGUGGAGCGUUUGGUCUCAUGGCCGCUUUUGCCGCUUGGUAUAAUGCGCUUGCUGGUAUUGCGGAUAGUUCCAACAGCUUCUUCGUUAUUCCCGUCGCCCACUUCCCCUGGUCAGAGAAGGGCCGUGAGCGUCGUAACAAGGUCGACAACUCUGCCGCUCGCGCUGAGGCUGGUCACGUCGCUUAAGAAUACGCGAACAAUUCCAUGUAUGAGUUUCCCGUUGCUCUGUAAAUCAGCGCAUCGUUAUACGAGUUGAUGGAUUUGAAGAGGAAAAAAAAUUUUGUCAUGAAAAUCAGCACUCCAUCUGGCUGCUGCAUCGGGAUAUGCAAACCACCGUAAAUAAUGGUGGAUUAUUUACUCUACGUUUUUUUUAAUACCAAUUUCGAAUACCCAAUAUCUAUCUAACUAUUUCUUUACAAAUUGAAAAUGAAAUAUCAAUCAAUGCA